CGACCCCCGGUUGAAGAAGAUUCACUCACACACCGCACUCAUACACAACUAACUAUAUAUUGCAGUAAUCUUCUGGCUCUAUUGGCGCAGAAUACUUCGGUGCACCGCGAGGACUGGUCGCAAUUUUUCCAAAAAAUCCGGUAAAGUGACGCGGAAUCGGCAAGUAUCGUCGGGAGUGCAUCGCUUCGAACUGACAGGGUCCGACCGCUAAGGGCCUUGAGAUAGUGUGAAUUUUGUUCGUUGUACUUUAAAGGAGUUUGUUGAGGACGCGCCAUGAAGGCGUGGACUCUCCUCUUAGAGCCAGGACCGGCUUUAGUCUCUGUCUAUCUCAUUUUAGCUGUUUCGGUGCAAAUUAAUGCUGCACCUGCAUCACCUGAACAAAAUGAUGAGCAAAGCACAGAAAUUGAAUACUAUCCUGUUGCUGACGCAACAGGUUGCUACUACAAUUUUCAACACUACGACGAAGGAGAUCGAAUAAUAACGAACGAACCAUGUCUCAAUUGUACAUGUCACAAUCGAAUGCUAAUGUGCUACUUGAGAGUAUGUCCUUUUACCAAGGCUAUUGGGGCAAACUGUAAAGUUGAAAAUAGACCAGAUCAGUGCUGUCCUGUAAUAACUUGUCCUGAAGUCCCUGUUCAUCUAGUCACUUCUACAGUUCCUUCAACUGCUGUAGGCCAUUUAAAUGAGUAUGGGUGCACUAUCGACAGUUUAUUUUAUUCUGACGGCGCUCGAGUACCUUCCGAUCACGAAAACCCUUGCGAGCUUUGCUACUGCAUUAGAAACAAAACUGCCUGUGUUAUGCAAGAAUGUACCUUAAACGUAGAAGGAUGUAAGCCUGUAUAUCAAGAGGGUGUUUGCUGUCCAGUCAGAUAUAACUGCGAACAUCCUGACUACUUGGAGGGACCAACAACACCACAAAUUACCACGACCAGUACGACCACCACAACAGUUGCCCCAACUACCACUCUACAACCAUUUGAAUGUAUUUUCAACGGACAAGCCUAUUCGGAUGGAGAAUUGGUCAAAAAGGAUAUCCCUUGUGAAAAGUGCUAUUGUAUGCGUGGUGAUAUUGUGUGCGCUGUGCAAGAAUGUGGACCUACACCACUCGACAAAGUAAACUGUACAGCAUUACCGGUGCGCGAAGGUCAAUGUUGUCCUGAUACAUACGAUUGCGCUGGAGUUAUAGAAGAAGAAUUAACAACUUUGUCUUCGACAACUAGUGAGUUUGAGCCUACUACUCCAGUAAUUGUUACUGAAGAAGAACGGGUAACAGAGAAAUUGUUAACUAGCACACCAGAAGAACAAACGGCAGUUCCAGAAAUAUCAACACAAGUUUCACCAAUAGAAGAGGGACAGCAUGAGGUGGCAUCAGAAGAAGUCCCUAUACUAGAAACAGAAUCUCCCGAAAUUAUUACAGAAAUUACAAGUAAACCGAUUGAAACUUCUCAGCCAACUAAAGAAGCAGGUGAACAAACUACUCUACCACAAUUUGAAACUAGAAUAGAAGGAACAACAGAAAGUACUGAAGAAACAGAAAAGCCAAUCGUUGAACACGUAACAGCUGUUGGAGUAGAGCCAGCAAUAACAGAGGAAGAACGUGUUACAAUUGUCACUGCCAUUACACCUGAAGAAGAUCUAUCAAAACCAACUGAAAGUCCGGUAGAAUCAAUAACUAGUAGAAUAAGUGAAACUAUAGAGUCCAUUACCACUCGUGUGACAGACACUAUUGAAGCUAUUACAACUGCUAUUGCGGGUUCUAGUACUGAAAAACCUGAAAUAGAAAGUGUAACUGAUAUAGUUAAAGCUGAAGAAGAGCCUACUGAAGUUACUCAUGUGGAAGAAAUAACUAAGUUACCGUCAGUUACUAAAGAAUUUGCUUCGACUCAACAACCUGAAGAUGAAACUGAUAAAACUACUGUUAUAAUCCCUACAAUAGAAAAAGAGAUACCAGAAAGUAGCCCUAAAACAUCCAUUACAGAUAAAGAAUUUGAAACAACUGAAGGAUCAGCUGAAGGACCAGUGACUGAAGAAUAUGAACACCCAACAACUUCAUUAUCGACUGAAGCGGAGGUGAAACUAACCGAACCAUCUGUUCCAGAAGAAUCUAAACCAUUAGAAGAAUUAACCACAUCUAUAGAAUCUGUUACUACUGAAAAACAAAUCUUAGAUACUUCUGUUAUAACUGAAGUUCCAAGUAGUUCAUCAGAAGCGACAAGACCCUCAGAAAUUACAGAAACACCAAUUGAAGAAGAAAGUGCGCCAACUACAACAAGUCCAGAAGGUGUUACGGAAAAAUCAGCUGAAAAAGAUUUAUCAGAGACUACUAAACCAACUGAGGCAACUAUAUCCAUAGAAACUUCAACGCCUAAAGAAACAGCCGAGAACGCUACUUUAUCUUUGUGUGUUGAAGGCGAUUGUACAAGAGAGGGUGAAUUAUCAACAGAGAAAAUUUCACAAGAAAAUGCAGAGCAAGCUAAACUUCCGACGACCACUAAAACACCAGAACUUUCACAAUCGGAGUCUACUGUUAGUGAAACUGAAAAAGCUCAACAUACAACUGAACUUUACGAACCUACAACUGAGAAAGAGGAAGUUAUUAUUGUUACUGAAAUACCUACACGUAAGACUGAACUUCCAGAAUCAAUGGAUCAUGUGUCUGAAACUGCCCUUUCUACUGAGAAACCAAAACCCGAAACUGAAAAAACAGAGUUGCCAGAAUUACCAAGCCAAACCGAGAAAACGAAUACACCUACAGAGACAUCUGAAACAGAAACAAAAGCAAGUGUUACUGAAAUACCAGCUUUACCAGAAUAUACAACGCAGGUUUCAGAAGGUGAAGAACGAAUUAAAGUGGCUACGGAAGUUUCUACAGAAGAUAUUGAAAAAACACCUGAUUCUGGUUUGCAAAUUACAACUGAACUUCCUAAAGAAGAAGAAAAUGAGAUUGAUCUUGAUGAUGUUGGUGUCAGGCAUCAUACUCCAUCUGAAAGUAUUACCGAAGCUGAAAUACCAGAGACUACAAGAUUACCCAUCAAACAUAUUACCACUGAGAAGGUUUCCGAAGAACAAAUUACAGAAGAGACUAUUGUUCCAGAAGUUUGUACAUCUGAAACGGAAUGUGCUCCUGGUGGAGUGGCUCAAGUAUCCAACAUAUCAAAUAUUGGAACAACUCCCCAAACUGAAAUUCAAAGAACUGCUUUACCAGAAGGUACCACUGAGAGUAAUAAAAUUCCAGAAAUUGAAGGGUUUACAAAAGAAAGUAACGAGAUACCGGAAGUGGAAACUGAGGGUAUUCUACCAGUUACUAGUGAGCCUGUUACUUCUGGUAAAGAGGAAGUACCCGAAGAAGGAAGUGGCACAACAGAACAAGAGCAUGAAGUUAAAGGUACUGAAGGCGAACAAAUUACAACAGUCGGUUAUGACAGGUUUGCUACAGAACAAGGAGUGGUUACUGAAGAAGAGAAACCAUCAGAACAUGUUACAGAACAAUCAACAGAAUCAGAAACAAAAGCCGCUGCAUUUACAGAUAUGCCUCAACAGACUGAAAUUCCUGAAAGAGAAAUUCCUGGAGAGGGCAAUUGUUUGGUCGAUGGAAAAACAUAUAAAAACAAUAGCAGUGUGCCACCUAUUAACCACUGUCAAUCUUCUUGUAUAUGUGUAAGUUCAAUUUUAAGAUGUGAAUCUAUAGAAUGCUUACCAGCACCAGAAGGUAUGCAAAAUUGCUUACCUGUAUUUUCUAGCCCAGAAAGUUGUUGCCCAACAUACAGCUGCACGGGUCCUGAAGCAACUAGUCCAAUGGAAUCUGACAGUCAUAUAAAGACCACAACCCCAAUAAUAGAAGUUGCAUCUACGACAAGCGAAUAUCCAGAAGGUACAGAAGAACCGGAAUUCAGUACCACUAGCAAACAUAUAACAGAAGAGUCAGUUGUAACUGAAGGAGAAACUUUACCAAAAAUAACUUCUAAACCAGUUAGUGAAUCAACAGAAGAAAGUAAAGAGGCUACCGAAAGUCCAGCUACAGAAAGUCCCGAAUCUUCGACAAGCUACAUAUUGACUACCGAAACACAAGAACAUAUAACCGAAGUACCUAAAACUCGCACUCCAGGACCUGAAGAAACACUUACAGAGGAACGAGUGACAACAAUUCAAACUACUUUCGAACAAUCGUCAUCUUUCCCUCCAGAAGAGGCUGAGAAAACAAUUACAACAGAAUCAAUUGAGCAAUACGCUACAACUUCGGAAUUGGGAGAAAAACCUGUUCAUGAACCAGAGUUGCAUGAAGAUGGAAUCACUGAAAAAACGGUAGAGAGUGCUACAGUUGCUGAAUUACCAGGUGUGUCAGAAGUACCAGAAAUAACCACUAUUCCACCGCUUGACAUUACAGAGACACCUGAUUUAAGCUCAAAACUAAAAGGCGAAGAAACUCCACAAACUGCUGAAACUGAAAAACCAAGCGUAACAACUAAAUUAGCUGAAAAACCUGAAGAGUAUGAGACAACAACGCUAACAGAAGAACACACAGAACAUACUGCCACUGUCACAAGCGGCGAUAUACUCCCAAGCGAACCAGCAGUCGAAAAAGAUGUAGUUAUUUCGGAACCUGAAGAAGAACGUACAGAAACACCCAAAGAAGGUGAAGCGAUAAGUCCGUCUAGCAAUAUACCUGGUAAAGAACAGACUCAAGAAUUCGAGACAACUACCCAACAGGCGCCAUCAGAAUUAGAAAAAGAAAUUACUGAAGCCCCAUCUUAUCCAGAAGUACAUACUGAAAUUACAGAAAUACCAAAAGAAGGCAAGCCAGUUAAACCAGAAAGCGAACUAUCUGAAGAAGAAAAAGUACCUGAACAAGAAUCAUCUACAAUUUCUAUAGAGAACGUAGAAACAGAUAUAAUACCCCACUCUACACCAGAGGAGCAAGUGACAGAAAUAUCUAAAGAAGGAGAGCCUGUAACUAAAACAACGGAACUGUCUGAGAAAGAAGAAUCUAAAGACACAUUUACUACACCUGUACCAGAAACGGAGGCCACUAUGGAAACUGAAAAAAUAAUUGAGGAAGAAACAGUUCGCCCUAUCCAGGUAUCUCCUACGUCACAAACGUCAGUAUCAACAGAACAACCUAGCGAGGCUGUCACUAAAUCUAUAGAGGCAGUCACUACACCCGAAAUUAUUCAGGAAGCCAUUGAAAAAGAGUUAACUACUGUUGCAUCUGUAACAGAAAAGUCUGAAAGUGAACAAGCCCCAACCACGUUACCUGCGAUAACAGAAGAAACUGCGACAAUUGUAGCUCAAACUGAGCAAAUUACAUUGAAAUCUACUGAAAUACACAAAGAUGAAGAGAAACUAAAGACUACGCAACUUCCAGAAACAGAAACACAACCUGGAGUUAUAGCAGAAGAGUUAACAACAAAAUACUCUAUAUUCGAAGAACCUGUUACUAAAAUAGAAGUAGAACAAACAAGUGAAUCAGGUACAGAAGCUACCCGUGAAUCUGAAUUACACCCAGUUACUGAACCUAUCGAAAAAGAACUAACUACAGUUCGUUCAUUAAUUGAACAGGCUACUGUAGGAUCAGAAGUGAAACAAACUCUUGAACCUGAAACUACUUUAGUAUCAGAAACGGAAAUUACAGAAAAGGAAAAACUGACUCCAUUUACAGAAAUACCUAAAGUAACUGAAUCAUCUACUGAAGUAGAACAACCAUUACAAACAACACCAGUGUCAGCAAAACUACCUGUAGAUCAUAUAACUGAAUUGCCGGAAACUGGAAGUGAAAUACCAAUUGAAUCAGACUCUCAUAUCACUGAAAAGCUACCAAUCGAGCCGACAGAAACUCCCAACAUUACUAGUGUGACAGAAAAAGAAGCUGUUGAACAAACUGAAGUACCAGUAGAAUUAACAAAAGCAACGAUAGGGGUUUCGGGGACACAAUUACCAUCAGAGCGACCAGUUGAAGAAGAGAUAGCAACAACCCUUGCUUCAAUCGAACUAACCACUAAACAGAUUGACAUAGGCAUAGAACACACAAGUAAACCCGAAAAUGUUCCAACAAUACCACCCGAAGGAGUAACAGAAAGUGCAGUUAAUGAAACAACAUCCGAAUCUGCCACUGAAAAAGCAACAGAAAUAGUACCCGAAGUAAUAACAAUUUCAAAACCAAAAGAAUCCACUAUUGAACCUGAACCAACCUUAACUGAAUCUAGUACAUUAGGUGUUGAGAAAGCUGAAACCAUCACGGAGGUGACCGAGGUUCCUAUAACAGAAAGCGAAAUUAAAGCUUUUACAACUGAAAGAAUUUCUGAGGGUAUUACCGAACAACCAAUUUCGCAGGAAAAUCUAACCGAAGCUGAAUUACAACCAGAACAAGCAACACAACAUCCAGCUCUAUCAGAAUCAGUACCAAAAGCUGGUCAAAUAACUACUGUACUACCAUCGAUAACAGAAGAAACUGAAAUAAGUUCAGAAAUUCCAGAGCUAGAAACAGAGAAAAUUCCAUUAGAGGGUGAAACAGGAAGACCAGCUGUUGGGCCUGAAGGGGAAACAACUGUACCUGCGGAAACAAUAACACAAGCAACUGAUGUGGAAACACAAACUAUUGCAGAACGAAUAGGAGACCAUUCUUCUGAACAACCUGAAACGAUAGAACCAGAAGUAACUUCUCCUGCUACUGUUAGUUCUGAAGAAACUGCAUUGCCUGCAUUUACUUCGCCCGAACUUUCGACGCCUACACCAGAGACAAAAUCUAAUGUAUCACAAUCCGCUGAAGAUCUGUUUACUUCAGGUCCUGUAGAAGUUACAACAAGACGCCACAUACCUGGGGAAUUGUCUACAUCUGCACCUAUUGUUACAGAACCAACAACAGAAUCCGUUAUAGCUACUGAAUCAUCGCGUCCUACAAUACCCGGCGAACAAGUUCCCGAGGCAGGAGACUAUGAUAUUGGCGAAGAAGAGGAAGAAGAAGACCAAAGCGCGUUUGGUCCAGGAACGUGCAGAUAUGGUGGCAAAGUUUACGUUUCGGCGCAGCAAAUACCACGUGAUGAUCCAUGUGACUUCUGCUUCUGCUUUAGAAGCGAUAUCAUUUGUUUACAACAAAGUUGUCCUCCUCCAAUUCCCAGAUGUCACGAAGAACCAAUCAGAGGUUUUUGUUGUCCGAGAUACGAAUGUCCGGUGGCGCCAGUAACGGCUGUCAAUUUUACUACUUCCACAACAACUACCACUACAACUUUACCUCCCCACUUCCUUUCACACGCAUACAAAGGAAGAGCUACAAAAACAGGGUGCCAAAUACAAGGAAAGGCUUACAAAGUAGGAGAAGUUAUACGAGCGACGUCUGGUCCAUGUCUACACUGCAUAUGCGGUGGUGAUGGCCAAAUGAAAUGUGAUCCUAAACCCUGUAGUCCAGAACCAAUGUUACGACAAAUGAUAGCAGCCGCAGCUUCAAGAAGGAGGAGAUGAGAAGCUAAUACCACCGUGUAAAUUAGUGACAUAAACUGCACGCAAGUGCAAAGUGAUAUAAAGACGUUUAUUAUUAAAUGAAUAUAGUCUUGAACAAUUUAAAUGCAUUCUCGGGUGCCAAAAAAAGGACAAUUAAUAUAUUGUGCCUUGAUGUACGGACAAUUCCUGCACAAGAGAUGAUCGUCUAGUCAUUUAUAUGUAGAAAGGACGCUUAAAGGAGUAGGCAGCCAUCUUUUGUGGGGUCAUUGGACACGUUAAUUAUGUAAAAAAUAGGGAAAACGGGAACUUAUCUGUUAAAGAAAUUUACCCUUUUAGUAUAAACGAACAAAAUUACCAAUUAUCGGCUCAUUCUAGGUCAGUUACAUGCUAUACAGACAUCCCAUUCAGUAUACAUACUUAAAGAAUACUUACGAAUAAUUUAAAAAUGGGAGCCACUGUGUAUAAAUUGUAUAAAUUCGUUAGGACUUAGUAAUUAUAGGCAGUAACAGUCAUAGAUCACGAGGAGGGGGUAAGUUUCUUACAGAAAUGCUCUGCAAGCCUCGUGACCUCAAAACCCAGUACGACAUUGAGAGUGAUGUAAUUAGUAUACUUGACAGAGAAUUUACUCCUUAACGAAAUAUUAUGACUGAAAAAAAAUAAAUUUUUACACUUUUUUAAAUGUAUAUUUAGAAUUUUUGGAGUGUCGUUGUAUUUUUAAGCCAAUCAAAUGUAAUUCUCGGGCUAGUAGAUUUUUACAAUAUACAUAUAUAAAUCGUGUUGCGUAUCCCGACUCAUGUCUGAGUUGUUUGACCGGUAGAAAGACCCUCAAUAAUUAAAGUCACUUAUAAAAUGUAGCUUUAAAUAAUUUAAUAAUGAAUUGUCAAAAUAUUUAUUUCUGCUGCUUGAACGGUCAGACUGUCCUUUGUAUAUUAUCGGAUGCUCAAUAUCUUAGGUAUAAAUAGAAUAUGUAGUAUUUAUCGAUAAUAAUAAAUUGAUUAUGUAAAUUAAA